AUUGGCUGUACACGAACAUUCGUCCAAUCACUGAAGUUGUUACUUCGGAAACGCUUCAGCGAAAAGCAUGGCUCACAAGCGGCAUGGCCGAGGAGGCCAUCGAAAGAAACGCAACAAAUCGGCACCAAGGCUAACCGAUGGUCAAAAACACUUUCUAAAAGAAACAGGAGAACUCCAUCCUUCCGAGUUAAAAGACAGUGUCAGGCAGUAUACCAAAGUCAAAGAUGAACCCAUUAGUAAAAAGCAUGUACCAGUUGAGGAAUCAUCAGAGAGUGAGGAAGAGGAGAAUGCAUUUCAACAGCUGAUGUCAUCCAUUGGCCAGGGUGCAUCUGCUAAUGCCUACAAGUCCUCUGAGGAAGAGGAUGAGGAAGAUAGUGAUGACGCUGAGGAUGAUGGGGGAAGCAAAAUGAAUGACAAAGCUUCCGAUGAUGAUGAUGAUGAUGAUGAUGAUGAAACUGAGGAGGAUGGUAAAGAUGAGAACGACAGUGAUGACAUUGAGGAUGAUGAGGAGAGCAAGAUAGGUGAUGACAGUUCUGUUGUUGAUGAUGAUGAUGAUGAUGAUGAUAACAAUGGCCACUGUGACAUAGACAUACUCAAAGAUGAUGCAGCUGGCACUGAUGAUGAUGAUGGUGGUGAUGAUGAUGAUGAUGAUGAAGAUAUUGAUGAUGAGUCUUCUGACUCACAAGAUAUGGUUCAACAAAAGAAUCAUAAAAAUCUCUGUGCAAAAGAUAAAGAGAAGAAAGGUGUUUCUGUAGAUAAACAACAGAAAGGAAAGAAACGAAAGCUUGAGACAGCACUUGCUGAAGAUGAAGUAGAGCUGAAUGAAGAUGAAGAAGACGUGAGCAGAGAUUCGGAUCCAUUUGCUAUCCAUUUUGAGAGAGAUCUGAGUGACACGGAUGCAGAAACUUUGAGUCCAGACUGUGCCUGGGAUAAGCGAGAACUGAAGGUUGCAAAUGUGGGUAAGGCUAUCCUUCUCUCAAAGAACUGGAACCUACUUUCAAAAAUGGAAACAACAAAUUUCAAAGAUCUUAGAAAACUUAAGGUGAAGCAAACCCUCUGUAACCAGGUAGGGGAGACAAACCGCACCAUGGUCCAGCCACCCACCCUCAAGGCUGCAGAUCUGUCACCCCUCCAACAAGGGCUGUUCUCCCUGCUAAAUGCUUACCAGGAUGUCUCCUUCUCUGAGCGGACACACAGUAACGGAGAGGAGGUUCGUCUUGUGUACUGCCUCCAUGCCCUCAACCAUGCCUUGAAGACUCGAACACGAGUGGUCAGUCAUAAUACCAAGAUGAAGUCGAAACAGAAAAUUGAUACUGACGACUACCGCGACCAGGGUCUGACCAGGCCCAAGGUGCUGAUGGUGCUGCCGUUCCGCGAGUCGGCCCUCCGAGUGGUCAACAUCAUGUCCAGCUUGUUGGCUCCCGCAGAACAGGUGAUGGUGAGCAGCAAGAAGAGGUUCAAGUCUGAGUAUGGGGCAGAAGAUGAAGACAACUACAGAAAGGGCCUUAAACCAGAGGACUUUGAGUCAUUGUUCACCGGAAACAAUGAUGACCAUUUUCGCCUGGGAAUAUCAGUGUCCAAGCGGUCCCUCAAGCUCUACAUGCCAUUCUACCAGUCCGACAUCAUCCUGGCGUCACCACUUGGUCUUCGGACCAUCAUCGGAGCAGAGGGAGAGAAAGACCGUGACUAUGACUUCUUGUCCUCCAUUGAGCUACUCAUCCUGGACCAGGCAGAUGUCUUCCUCAUGCAGAACUGGGACCAUAUCUUGCACCUGUUCAAGCACCUGCACCUGCAGCCCAAGGAGAGCCAUGACGUGGACUUCUCCCGAGUUCGGAUGUGGACUCUCAGUGGAUGGUCUCACCUGUACCGACAGUCUCUCAUCUUCAGUGCAGCGCCCACUCCAGAGAUCAAUGCCGUCUUCAACAAAUAUUGUCAUAACUAUGCAGGGAAGGUACAGCUUCAGCGGGAGCCAGGAGAUGGAGUCAUCUGCCAGAUCAUAACUCAGACUCCACAGACAUUCCAGAAGAUCAGCUGCACGUCCUUCACCCAGCUGGCUGACUCAAGGUUUGACUUCUUCAUAAAGAAGCUUGUGCCCCACCAUCGGGAUCCUGUGAUGAAUCGAACCCUGGUCUACAUCCCAUCCUACUUUGACUUCGUUCGCGUAAGGAACCACUUCAGGAAAGAGGGCAUCAACUUCGUGCACAUGAGCGAGUAUGCGACAGACAAGGGCAUAUCGAGAGUAAGGUGUGACUUCUUCCACGGCAAGGCCCAGUUUCUGCUGUACACUGAGCGGCUGCAUUUCUACAGAAGGUUCAGAGUACGAGGGAUCAAACACAUAAUAUUUUAUGAGCUGCCUACUUACCCCCACUUCUACACGGAAAUGUGCAAUAUGAUCAAAGACCCCAAACGGGGGAUAGAGAACAAGGCAGCAACGUGUACAACCAUCUACUCCAAGUAUGACGCUCAGAAGCUAGCGGAGGUCGUGGGUGCAGAGAGAACUGCCAUCAUGCUCAACUCAGAGAAGUCUGUCCACAUGUUUAUCACUGGAGAAACUAGCUGAUCUUCAGUGAUAGUUCUGGAGAAACUAGCUGAUCUUCAGUGUUAUUUCUGGAGAAACUAGCUGAUCUUCAGCGUACGAACUGUAGUGGUGGGACUAUACACCGAUGCAUAGGUGGAUCAAGAUAUUUUACUUCCCCAUACAAAUACCGGGUAUCGAUCACAGUCAAGUAAACAAAAGUAAAAAAUAUCGAUUCAUACCUUAAAUGUUUACUUCAUGGCUGUUACACUUAACACUAAUUAGUUGUGAAAAAGUAAAUAUUUUCAUCAAUUGAGCAAUACUUGACACUGCCAACUGUAAAUCAUCAGUGUGCCAGGUAUUUGACUAUCCUGUCUAUGAAAAAGAUUACAAACGCACCACAGGUGAGAGCACAUACAAGUAUCGUGAUACGUACCCGAUCACACAGUUUCUGUAUUGUCCAAGCCCUAGUACGAAGCAUAACUCUUGGACAAUUGUCAAUAUGGCUGUGAAAAAUGGGGCUCUUGUCAGUGACACUUGGAGGAGCUUUGGAAAAAGGUUGAUAUGAAGGGACAUAACUCUUGUAGGACCAAGUGUCAAUUACCACAGGAAGGAGGCCUACAAACUUCCCUGCCAGGAGCUACAAAGUAACAAGUCCAGGGCAGGUGAGGUGCUUCUAGUACUGUAACUACAGUAUGAAUAUUACCUAGGUGGUGGCUGUGGGUUCUCUGCUGUCAAGGGGCCGGAGAAUAUCCAUGAGGUUAAAGCACUGAAUCAUCCAUCUUCCUGAGGCAAGGGAGAUAACUGACUGUAAAAGUCAAGUUUCCAUCCUUGCCGAGCUUGGCUGGGGUUUUGGCUGGGCUAAUCCCGUUAGUCGCCUCUUAUGACAAGCAUGGGUUGUUGAAGACCGAUUCUAACCUGGAUCUUCACGGGUCUUGACGUGGUAAAUGUCGGAUAUAGGAAAUGUCCUUUAAUUCUGUUCACCUUGUGUGUGAAGAAUGGUAUCAUAUGUAUAUGGAGAGGACUUUAAUGUAAAUAUGUACAUGUAUAAAGUUCAACACUUUCUA